GAUGCGCGCAGUCCGGUGGAUUUGUUUUGCCACCCUUCCUGCUUGGUCUUUUUUUAGUUUGAAAAUGAGACUUUAAAUUUUAAAAGUCUUAUUUGUAAAAGAAAGCGUCUCAAUGUAAAUUUUUUCACCGUACCCUCAGCUGUAGAUGGAGUGAUGCGGAGCGUAUCGGUUUGGGAAUAAAACUUGCCGUGCGUCGCCGUGACCCAUCCGUGGUGUCCUCGGUUGGACAGAAACCCUUUUGGUCGGUCAUGGUCCCAAAACUCCCAGAGAGUUUGCUUGGAAAACCAUGGAGCACCGAAAAAGACUCUUCUGUUACAUUGUCGUCGCGGCAGAGCUCUGUUUGGCUUCUGCACAAGUCCUCAGAAUUGGUGGCAUUUUCGAGACCAGAGAAAGUGAGUUAGUGAGCAUGGAUGAGCUAGCCUUCAAGUUUGCUGUAAUUGUGAUGAGAAAACAAAAUCAUGCCUACGACAUUCAGAGGAUCAACGUCUUUGAUGGCUUUGAGGCUUCUAGAAGAGUGUGUGACCAGCUAGCUCUCGGGGUAGUGGCUGUGUUCGGACCUUCUCACAGCUCCUCUGUCAGUGCAGUGCAGUCCAUCUGCAAUGCUCUGGAAGUUCCUCACAUCAAACAGACGUUUUACUUUGGCGUGCCUGUCAACAAAGACACUUUUUUUAUUAACCUAUAUCCUGAAUAUACAGCCAUCGCCAGGGCCAUCCUAGAUGUGGUCACAUUUUUUAAAUGGAGGAAACUAACAGUGGUCUAUGAAGACAGCACAGGUCUGAUGCGGAUGCAGGAGUUGAUUAAAGCUCCAGCUAAAUUAAACUUGAAGCAGGUAAACACACACGCCAUACAGUACAAACUGAAGAAAGACAGAGAGUUUUUUAUUAUCUUUGACUGUUCUUACCGUACAGCUUCAGAACUUUUAAAACAGCUUUCAUCUAUGGGGAUGAUGACAGAAUACUACCAUUUUUUCUUCACAACUUUGGAUUUGUUCGCUCUGGACCUGGAACCCUACCGUUACAGUGGGGUUAACAUGACUGGCUUCAGACUACUUAACUUUGAUGAUCCGUGGGUAGCUUCAACCAUUGACAAGUGGGCUUCGGACAGAGUACAGGCUCCCAAACAGGAGAGUGGUCUGAUGGAAGGAGUCAUGACAACAGAUGCAGCCUUGAUGUUUGAUGCUGUGUACAAGGUGAAGUUAGCUAAAGUCUUAAAGGGGUGGUAUUAGGCCGUCAGCUCGCUGCAGUGUCACCGCCACAAACCCUGGCGCUUUGGACCUCGCUUUAUGAACUUAUUCAAGGAGGCACAGUGGGAUGGACUGACAGGGCACAUUGUACUUAAUAAGACAGAUGGCCUAAGGAGAGACUUUGAUUUGGACAUUAUCAGCCUCCAGGAAGACGGCACUGCCAGAGGAGUUUUGGAGGGCACAAGUCGCCUCACAAAAAGGUGGAUGAAGGUGGCUGUGUGGAACUCAUACAGGGGGAUGAAACUAAUGGAGAAACCCAACCGGGAAAAGAAUACCAAUGUGACAGACUCUCUGGCUAACAGGACUCUGAUCGUCACAACCAUACAGGAAAAUCCUUAUGUGAUGGUAAAAAAGUCUGAAAAGGAGCUGGUUGGAAACGACCGUUAUGAGGGAUACUGCAUGGACCUUUUGAAAGAGCUCUCCAACAUCUUGGGUUUUACAUAUGAAGUCCGGUUGGUGGGUGAUGGGAAGUAUGGAGCUCAGAAUGAUAAGGGAGAAUGGAACGGGAUGGUCCGGGAGCUUAUCGACCAUGUUGCAGAUCUUGCUGUGGCUCCUUUGACUAUCACUUAUGUUCGAGAAAAAGUGAUUGACUUUUCCAAGCCCUUCAUGACUUUAGGAAUCAGGAUUAUGGCAUUGACUGUAUGCUUUCCCUGCUAUCAUUCUGCCAGUGGAAGGGGCUUCAUAUACAUAAAAGAACUAAACCAAACCUAUUGACCAGGCGUGUUCUCCUUCCUCAACCCUCUGUCCCCAGACAUCUGGAUGUAUGUGCUAUUAGCCUGCACUGGGGUCAGCUGUGUGCUCUUUGUGAUUGCAAGGUUUACACCAUAUGAGUGGUACAACCCACAUGCCUGCAAUCCAUCCUCAACUUUGGUACAGAACAACUUCACAUUGCUCAACAGUUUCUGGUUUUCUUUUUUUCUUGCAACCUCUCCAGGCUCUGAGGUGAUGCCUAAGGCUUUGUCUACCCGCAUAGUUGGGGGUAUUUGGUGGUUUUUCACUUUAAUUAUCAUAUCCUCCUACACGGCCAACUUGGCAGCCUUCCUGACAGUUGAAAGAACUGGAAUUACGCAACACUCACCUGAAAGGAUUGAAUACGGGGCAGUGAGGGAUGGAUCCACAAUGACUUUCUUUAAGAAAUCAAAGAUCUCCACCUAUGAAAAGAUGUGGGCUUUCAUGAGCAGCAGGAAAACAGCCCUAGUAAAGAAUAACAAGGAAGGCAUCACCCGUGUGCUGACAACUGAUUAUGCCAUGCUGAUGGAAUCCACUAGCAUCGAGUACAUCAGCCAAAGAAACUGCAACCUCACACAGAUCGGAGGGCUUAUAGACUCCAAGGGCUAUGGAGUAGGAACCCCUAUUGGCUCCCCCUACAGGGACAAAAUCACAAUCGCCAUCCUCCAGCUGCAGGAGGAAGGGAAACUACACAUGAUGAAGGAGAAGUGGUGGAGGGGCAAUGGUUGUCCAGAGGAGGACAACAAGGAAGCCAACGCUUUGGGUGUGGAGAACAUUGGUGGGAUCUUCAUUGUUCUAGCUGCCGGUUUAGUGCUGUCUGUUUUUGUGGCAAUUGGAGAGUUCAUCUACAAGGCCAGAAGGAAUGCAGACAUUGAGGAGUGUGUGUCUUUUAGUGCUGUGAUGGAGGAGUUGGGUAGAUCCCUGCUUAUUGCUAUCGACGUCGUAUGA